AUGGACGCAUCUACUCGCUCUCGAAGCAGGCUAGUCGGCCAGCCUCUCCUGUACGCCAUCUCCGUGUUUGCUAGUCUGGGUGUCUUUCUCUUCGGAUAUGAUCAAGGAGUCAUGUCGGGGGUCAUCACAGGCCCUCACUUCCGCAAGUUCUUCAAUAGUCCAGGCGCGAUCGAGGUCGGUACCAUGGUCGCCGUCCUGGAGAUAGGCGCCUUCAGUACGUAUCGUGUGUAUUGA